UCUUUGAUCAUUGCCCAGUGGCUUCAAUAUCAACUAGUUUCUUGAUUUGAAAGUGUUCCUUUGUACAUUGCAGAGAUGAUACGUGGUGCAUCGGAUGGCUUUAUAGCUACACACGAAAAAUUUAAUGAUUUACAUGAUGGCGAAGAUGAAAGAACAAGUUCAAAAUUACGGAAGGGAGUAAGACAAUGGAGAAAAUUAAAAUACCAGCUUGUAGAAUACAAUUCACUACCAGCCUACAUGAGGGACAAUGAAUUCAUAUUGGGUUAUUAUCGAUCAGAGUGGCCACUGAAACAUAUCUUCCUUAGCAUUUUCUCAAUUCAUAAUGAAACAUUCAAUGUCUGGACGCAUUUGAUAGGGUUCUUCCUUUUUCUCUUUCUCACCAUAUACACAGCUGCAAAAUCUCCAAUGGUUGCGGAUUUCAAUUCCGUUCAACAUCUGUCUGAACUGAUAGGGAAAGCUGAUCUGAACAAGAUUCGUUUAGAGCUCUUGAAAUGCCUGCCUUCACUGCCCAACAUGCAUGAGACUCUCAAGCUAAAUGACUUGAGUACAUCUCUUUAUUCUUUAGACUUUUCCUCAGUAUCAGGUUGGACCGUUGUGGAACUUCUCAGAAGGUGCUUGCCUGAGCAGUUUUCCCUUGAUGGUCUGAAAGGUGACAUGAACAUGGUAUCCCCCUUAGUGGUAGAACCGAUUACGAGGUGGCCUUUCUAUGCCUUCUUAGGUGGGGCGAUGUUCUGUUUGCUGGCCAGCAGCACAUGCCACCUCUUUGCUUGCCAUUCACAGCGCCUUUCCUACAUCAUGCUGAGAAUUGACUAUGCCGGGAUUUCUGCAUUGAUUGCAACUUCAUUUUACCCUCCUGUGUAUUACACAUUCAUGUGCAACCCUUUUUCCUGCUACUUCUACUUAGGCUUAAUAACACUGAUGGGGAUAGCCUCCAUGAUCUUCUCUCUUCUCCCAUUUUUCCAAAAAUCUGAGUUCAGGAAGUACCGUGCUACUAUCUUCUUUUUAAUGGGAUUUUCAGGUGUGGCACCCAUUAUACAUAAACUCAUACUGCACAAGCAUCAACCUGAGGCCUUGCAAACAACAGGGUAUGAGAUACUAAUGGGAGUUCUUUAUGGUUUGGGAGCAGUAAUAUAUGUGGCAAGGAUACCAGAGAGGUGGAUGCCAGGGAAGUUUGAUAUUGCUGGCCACAGUCACCAACUGUUUCAUGUCUUGGUUGUGGCAGGGGCAUACACACACUAUGUUGAUGGAUUAAUCUACCUAAGAUGGAGAGAUUCUCAAGGUUGUUAUUAGGUACAUAUAUAUAUAUAGAGUGAACCUUUUGUCUUUCUUUAUAUGGCCAUCAAUAUUAACUAGAGCAAAACUACAUUCCCUUCUACCAUUCUCCUUUUCCCUAAAUUUAAA